AUGUUGAGAUGGACGCUUCAGCGGAUGCUGUUAUUUCUUUGGAUGACAAGAGUGACUCUUCAAGGUGGUACAGGGUACAAACCUCAGAAUGCAAAUGGUGGUGCAGCACAAAUGCCACCCAGAGGUCAGAGUGAUUCUCCUCCGGUAGCAAAUGCACAUGGAGCUCAAUUCAAAGGUUAUGGAACUUCAGCUGCAGCCGCACAAAAUGCCUAUGGUGCAAAGUCCGAUGGUAAUGCAUAUGCAGGAAAGAACUAUGGAGCUGUGCCUGCUGGAUCACAUGGACAAGGGGCCAAACCCAACGGUUAUCCUGCUAACAAAGGUACAGGUGCUUAUGGGACAAAACCAAAUAAACCCAUAUAUGGAGGCCGUCCCCCAUAUGGUGGCAUUGGAAUGGGUAUGGGAAUGAUGAAUCAGCACGCUGUGAAACAGAGAGGAGGUUACGGAAAUGGUAAUGGAUAUGGCUACAGAGCUCUGUCUUAUGGAGGCCCCAGCAAUUUAAUGGGCACUCAUCCUCAAAAUGGAGCCGGUGUAGGAUAUAAUGUACCUGCUGGAUACCCCAACAGUGGAGCAGCCAAAGCACUUAAACCAGGAUAUGGUGGAUAUCCUACUGGAGGAGCAGCUAAAGGUCCUAAUGCAGGCUCCUCUCUAGGAUAUAUGGGGUAUCCCAGUGGUGGGGCCAAGGGACCUAAACCAGGAUAUGGUGCUAAGGCUGGAACCUCAGAUGGACAAAGAGCCAAGCCUAAUGGUUAUGGUGUUUCUGGCGGUAUGUCGAAAGGACCUUAUACUAAAGCUGCUAAUUCAGGAUAUGUCCCUAUGACAAAUGGAAAGGGAGGUGUUUCCAGUAGCAAGGGAUCUAAAGGGCACACUUUUAACCCUGAAGCAUCAAGUCGUCUCCCAGUAACAUCUAACACCAAGGGUGUAAGUUUACCAUUCAUUGAACGUGAGCCAAGAACAGGAUUACCUCUAGCACCAAAACCAACUCAAGGCCUUCCACCAGUUCUGCAACAAAUGAAGGGACCAAGAUCACCACUUCCACAAGGCAAAGCCCCCAAACCUGUGGCAGCUCAGCUUGCUCCAGUUGCUUCAAUACCUCAAGGAAAGGGUCCAAAGCCAUUUUGGCAGGGUCCAGCCUCUUAUAAACCAGCUAAAGCUUAUAAACCUGUAGCACCUGCACCUGUUGUUCCACAAAGCAAGGCUCCAAAACCAUUUGCACCUAUAGUCCUUCAUGGAGAAGCUCUUGCUGCACCAGAGUCAGCUCAUUUUCCUCAAGGUAAAGCUCCAAAACCGUUUCCUCAAGCUCCACUAGCGCUGGAGCAAGUCAUUCCACAGGAACUGAACUUCAGACCAGCGGAACCACAACCAAUGACUCCACACGCUGGUAUUUCUUCACCGGAGUCUCUAGUACCAAUUCCACAAUUUAAAGCUCCAAAACCAGCUGUUCCUCAACCAAUUUCAGAGACACAACAAACCAAGAUUCCACCAGCUCUUCAACCAAACCCAGCUUUGCCUCAAUUGAACAAACCAACAACAAAUAAUCCUGGCCUUGGAGCAGGAAUGGGUGGCUAUCCUGUGCCAGGCAUGAACAAUGGCUACAAAGGAGUGUUUGGUGCUGGUCAAGGGUCUUACCCGAGUGCAGAAUAUGCCAAUGGAUAUGGAAACGCUGUACCUCAGGGUGGACAACAAGCAGCUUUGGGAUCUAAAGGAAAAUCGCAAAAUAAAUAUGGCAUUGGUGGGCUUUCUUUUGGUGGUUCCCCCAAUGGCUAUCAAACGAAUCCUUCUGGUAAAUACGGUAAUGGAGCCAAACCCUACAAUCCUAAAGCAGCAGGAAAAUAUGGGUAUGGUAGUGUACCUUACAACCCUCAGUCUCUCGGUCUGGAAUCUGUUGCCAAAUCACCUGGUUUUGGAGGGUUACCCUACAGUGGACAGCCCACUGGAUAUGGUCUUGGAGGUCUUCCAUAUGGUGGUCAGCCAUUUGGCCUCAGUCCUGAUGCAAAGUCUGGAAAAUACGGGUCUCCAGAAUCUAUGUAUAAUCCAGAAUCUGUUAAUCUUGGUGGCAGUGCCAAACCAGCUAAAUAUGGUAAUCCAGCAGUGCCAUAUGAUUUCCUCGGCACAGUGACGGAUGGCCAGUCUGUUGAUGAACGCAGAAGUCUGGAAGUUUUGCACGAAGGCCCAGUUAUUGAUGGACAGAAAUCCAUCGACCAGUUCGGUGAUGGAGACAUCCCACCCCAGCCUGAUGCUCCUGUCAUACUGGGAACUGGAGAGGGGAAUGCAAAAUCCACUGACAAAUACAGAACGAAUGAUUACAUCGAUGGAAGAAUACAAGCAGAAGUAGUCUCUUUCCCUGCCAAUCCCACUGAAGGCCCUGCCCCUCACAUCCCCGCUGUUACCUUAUUAGACUCCUCCCUCUCACCAGACGGCUCCUCUCUGGCCCCUGUCUCAGUGCCCAUUGUGUCUGCAGGGCCUCUUGACGGUGUUCCCGAGGGGCCCGGCUCACCUGUGCCCCCCCAGCAUGAGCUGCCCACUUUAAUGUUGCAGCCAGCUCCACCACAACAGAUCCACAUACAGCAACACCUCAAAGUACACUUCCAACCGCACGACAGCUCUCACACAGGAAAGGAGGGCAAAUAUGAAUUGAAUGGGUUCUUUGGAAAUAAACACCGAGGAUAA